AGUUUAAUCUGCAUUAUUAACACAUUUUCUUCCAUAAUUUUCUUAAGUCUAGACAAUUGGCAAAUAAAUCAAACAAUUGGCAAAUAAAUCAAACCCUAAGUAUCUGCCCAUUUCCAGAGGUGUAAAUGCUCACAUUAAAAAUUUAACAACUGGCUCGGGAUCUAGCUCCAACACACUCCUGAAUCAAGGACAUUUUCCAGGUUCUUGUAGAGUUCCACGAAGGCACUCUCUGGGAGUAAGCCCUCAAGGGUUAAUUUUGAGGUCAAGAAUGAGAGAAAAUCACCGAGACUAGGGUGCUAGCGUGGCCCGGAAGUGCCUGUGGUUCCCUCGCUUCGGCUCCGCCGAGCCUGCUCCGGGAGUUCCGCGUGUGGGUUUCUUUGGUCUUGGCCGCCGAGUGCUUCAACCUGGCGUUUCUUUCUUCAUUCUUUAAGGCCGCACGGGAGCCUCAGGCUCUCCAGGAAUUUCCUGAAAAAGCAAAAACCUCAGCAGGAGUGAGCCCCCCAAUGAACUAUUCUAACAUAGAAUGGCUACAGGAUCCAGGGAUGCUGCAGCCUUGGACAACCAGGCUCCUAAAGAACAGUUAGGACUUCUGGCAGUGAAGAUGGAAGAAGAGGAAGAACGCGGCUGUGUACGGAAAUCUAGUUUACACAGAAGCAGUCCCUCCACCUGGGAGAUGUAUAGGCAUCGAUUCAGGAAUUUUUGCUACCAAGAUACCCCGGGGCCUCGGGAGGCUCUGAGUCAGCUUAGGGAGCUUUGCUGCCAAUGGCUGAGGCCAGAAAGUUGUACAAAAGAACAGAUCCUGGAAAUGCUGGUGCUGGAACAAUUCUUGAGUAUCCUACCUGAGGAGCUCCAGUCCUGGGUUCUGAACCAUCAUCCAGAGACUGGAGAGGAGGCAGUGAGUCUGUUGGAAGAUUUGGAAAAAGAGUUUGAUGAAUCAGGACAGCAGGUCCCAGCCAGUAUACAGGGAAAGGAAGGGCUUUGGAACAAGAUGACUUCUGUGAGUUCAGCCCAGGAAUCCCAAUGGAGUAUACAGCUCCAGCCUGUGGAGACCAAACUUAAGUGUGAAUCUCAGGAACUCCACUCCCUCCAAGAGAGAGCUCUCCAAGUUCCUGCCUACUUCCCAAAAGGGAGCUAUAAAGACCUGGAAACUGCAGUUGUGCUUCCCACUCCGAGGCUUCAGGGGUUGCUAAAGAUGGAAGAUAAAGCUUUGUCUCUAACCCCUGAUGAGUGGGGGCACCUGGAGCCAUCUGAAAUGAACCCCUGUAGAGGUGACCAUCAAGAGAAUUAUGGGUACAUGGUCUCCUUGGAUAGUGAACUCAGGAUGGAUAUCAGAGAAUCGGUUAAAAAACAAGAACUUCCUGAGGAAUUGCACCCAUCUUGCCAAUUUAGUGGAGAAAUUUCCAGGGUUCUAGAGGGUGGAGAGUCUUGUGAACAAGAAAUCAGGUUAGAAAAAAAACAGAGAAACACUAUUGGAAGAAGACAGUAUAAAUGUGAUGAAUGUGGGAAGUGUUUUGCUCAAAGUUCAGGUUUGAGUAAGCACAGGAGAAUCCACACUGGUGAAAAACCUUAUGAGUGUGAUACAUGUGGGAAAGCCUUCAUUGGGAGUUCAGCCCUUGUUAUACACCAGAGAAUCCACACUGGAGAAAAACCUUAUGAGUGUGAAGAAUGUGGGAAAGCCUUCAGUCACAGUUCAGAUCUUAUUAAACAUCAGAGAAUCCACACAGGGGAGAAACCCUAUGAAUGUGAUGACUGUGGGAAAACUUUCAGUCAGAGCUGCAGCCUUCUUGAACAUCACAGAAUCCAUACUGGGGAGAAACCUUAUCAAUGUAGUAAAUGUGGAAAAGCUUUCAGGCGGAGUUCACAUCUUCUCAGACAUCAGAGAAUCCACAUUGGUAAUAGAUUUUUUCAUGAUCCUGAGCAAAGGGAGGCCUGUGAAGGUAAGGAAGAGGUAGAAACACAAUGGGGAAAUCUUAAAGGACAAGAGCUAUAUAAAUGUUUGGCAUGUGAGAAGAAUUUUACUGGGUUCACAGCUUUUGUUGAACAUCAGAGAAUCCAUGCAGGGGAAAAACCUUAGUGUAAUGAGUGUGGAAGAGCUUUUAAUCAGAAUUCCUACUUUAUUAAACAUCAAAGAAGUCACAAAAGACAAAAACCUCUAUCAGUGUAACAAGUUUAGUAAACACUGGAGUUGAAGUAUUUUGAAAUGCUACCUCAGAGUGUCUGUAAUUAUAGAAUCAGAAUUCAAAGGACCUCAGAGGCCAUAUACUUGAACAAAAAUCUCUUCUACAAAAUACCUGACCAGUGGCCAU